AUGCUCGCUCCCAGCCGUGCGCGGAGUCCGCAAGUCCCCUGGCUCCUGAGCGCUUCUCGAAUUCUCUGCCUCUGCCUCGCAGUCGUGCUGAGCUGGGCGAGCUUGCUCCAGGGACACCCCCAGUGUCUGGAUUACGGGCCCCCCUUCCAGCCCCUCCUUCCCCUGGAGUUUUGCUCUGACUAUGACAACUUCGGCUGCUGUGACCAGCGCAAGGACCGCCGCAUCGCUGCCCGGUACUGGGACAUCAUGGAAUACUUCGACCUCAAGGGCCACGAGCUGUGCGGAGGCUACAUUAAGGACAUCCUUUGCCAGGAGUGCUCGCCCUACGCCGCGCACCUGUACGAUGCUGAGAACCCGCGGACGCCACUCCGGAACCUUCCCGGGCUCUGCUCUGACUACUGCUCUGCCUUCCACUCCAACUGCCACUCUGCCAUCUCCCUGCUGACCAGCGACCGCCGCCUCCAGCAGUCCCAUCAGAAGGAUGGUGCCCGCUUCUGCCACCUCCUCAAUCUCCCGGACCAGGACUACUGCUUCCCCAACGUCCUGAGGAGCAACCAUCUCACCCGCAAGCUGGGGGUGGUGGCCGAGGACCCUCGGGGCUGCCUGCAGCUCUGCCUGGCCGAGGUGGCCAACGGGCUGAGAAACCCGGUCUCCAUGGUCCACGCGGGGGACGGCACCCACCGCCUCUUCGUGGCCGAGCAGGUGGGGGUGGUGUGGGUCUAUCUGCCCGACGGGAGUCGCCUGGAACAGCCCUUCUUGGACCUCAAGAGCAUCGUGCUGAGCACUCCGUGGAUUGGGGAUGAGAGGGGCUUCCUGGGGUUGGCUUUUCAUCCUCAGUUCCGCCGCAACCGCAAGUUCUACAUUUAUUACUCGUGCCUGGGCAAGAAGAGGGCAGAAAAGAUCCGGAUUAGUGAGAUGAAGGUGUCCCAGGCUGAUCCCAACAAAGCUGAUCCCAAAUCAGAGAGGGUCAUCUUGGAGAUAGAAGAACCAGCCUCCAAUCAUAACGGGGGACAGCUGCUUUUUGGCCUGGAUGGCUAUAUGUACAUAUUCACCGGGGAUGGAGGGCAGGCUGGGGACCCCUUCGGCAAGUUUGGAAAUGCUCAGAACAAAAGCUCCCUGCUGGGAAAAGUGUUAAGGAUUGAUGUGAACGGAGCAGGCUCAGGGGGCCAGCGCUACCGAGUCCCCCGGGACAAUCCGUUUGUCUCUGAGCCAGGGGCCCAUCCUGCCAUCUACGCCUACGGGAUCAGAAACAUGUGGCGCUGUGCCGUGGACCGAGGGGACCCCGUCACACGCAAGGGCCGAGGACGGAUGUUCUGUGGGGACGUGGGACAGAACAGGUUUGAAGAAAUUGACAUCAUUGUUAAAGGCGGAAACUACGGCUGGAGGGCAAAGGAAGGGUUCGAAUGUUAUGACAAGACGCUUUGUCACAACUCCUCCUUGGAUGACAUUCUGCCCAUCUAUGCCUAUGGCCACGCGGUGGGGAAGUCAGUUACCGGAGGGCACGUGUACCGAGGCUGUGAAUCCCCAAAUCUCAAUGGGCUCUACAUCUUCGGAGACUUCAUGAGCGGUCGGCUUAUGGCUUUGCAGGAAGAUAGAAGAACCAAGAAAUGGAAGAAACGGGACAUUUGCCUGAGCAACACUGAGUCCUGUGCCUUCCCAGGGCUGAUCAGCACAUACAGCAAGUUUAUCAUCUCCUUUGCUGAAGACGAAGCAGCUUCCCAGAGUCGAUGAGCUUCUCCGUGUAGCCCCUCAGCUCGUCCACGCAUGCCCAUGACAUCUCGAUGCGUUCAUAAGCAAGCUCUGUAGCAGGUGGAUGUGGGACUCGGGACCAAGGCCCAGGCGGCGGGAUGUGCAGCCGUGGGAGAUGCGCCGGCCACCGACAGCCGCACGGUCCCACUUCUCCCUGCCCCGCAGGAGAGGGUAUUUUGGAAAAUUCAAAUGUUCUUCAUGGAGAAAAGUCCUUGUGAGUUCCAAAUUUUAAGUGCAAACAUACAAAAAAGGAGGAAAACUACAGGCUGGCAGGCUGAUGCCCAGUGGAACGUGAGUGCUGUCAAAGCCACAGGCUGGUGCCCCAAGGAGGCUGGAGUCCCCUGGAGGCCACUGGCCCAGGGACCCCUGAGCUGCUGUAUGCUGUGGCCUGUCCCUUUUCAGGAGGCCACAGAAACCCCAGCUUUUGGUGGUUUCAUCUGUUGAGCUGGUAGGCUUCUCGCAGGAGAAAACAGGCAGUUUUUGAAUAGCGCUCAGUACAUCUGGCAAACACAGCGAAGUGUCCUUGGCAGAAAUGGACACAGUGGAUUUGCCAAGGUGUUCCCGAGCCAGAUGCUGCCCGAGGGCAGCCCUCAAGCCUGGGAGGCGGUUCCCAAGGCAAGUUCUUUCCUUCCAGAGUUGCUUGCUUUUGUGUUUUUGCCCAGAGUGAUUCAGAUUUUCUGCGUUACAGUCUUUUCCAUUACUGAUAUAUUCAGGGCUAUUAUUUCAUUAUUUGACUUUCAGGCACCAGCUUUAGCGGCACCAGAACUCUUUUUAGUGGCACCAGAACUCUGCCUCUACUGUUGCUACAAUUUAUUUCCGGAGUUCUUCUAGCCGACAGCUGGCACAGACACACGAGUAAAUAAAUGAGUGAGUGGUGGGUGUAGGGCUGCCCGUGGCUGAAUUUUGCUGGGUUGGAUUUCUGUAUGUCACUCACCAAAGUGCAUAGUCAAGAGCGCUGGUUGAGAUCAUAAUGCCUGCAGGAGGAGUUCCCGUCGUGGUUCAGUGGUAGGGAACCUGCCUAGUAUCCA